CCCCUCCCUUUUUCCUCGUAGGAAUUGAAUUCCUUGCUCAUCAACCCCUUUUCGGCUUUUUCUUUUUCCUACCACCCCCCACCCGUGACACAUUAUUAAUCAUUUCCUUUUUAUAUAAACAUAUUAUUUAUAUUAUAUUAUAUAUAUUAUUUUAAUUUGUCAAUGAGACCCCUUUCACUUUACUCUUUGUCAACUCCAUUUUUGUCUACAGUAUAAAACUAUCUCUCCAUACAACACUUUCUUCACCAUAGCUAAAUUAACCCUCUCCACACACCCAAACACACACACACACACACACACUCUGCUUUAAUGGAGGUUGUCGGAGAUGACAACGUUGUUGUUGUUGUCCGAACAAGUCACAAGAGAAAGUCGCCGGAGAUUUCAAGAUUUCCAUUGAACGAGCUCAAUCAAGACCUUCUUGAGAGGGUUCUCUCAUGGCUGCCGACCUCUUCCUUCCUCCGCCUCAGUUCCGUCUGCAAGAGAUGGAAGUCGACGGCGGAUUCCGCCACUUUCCGGCGGGCCUGCUCUCAAGUUCCGGCCCGUGAACCCUGGUUCUUCAUGGUGGAUUCUCGGAAACCCCAGAGUUCGAUAGCCUUCGAUUCGUCGGAGGGGAACUGGAAGAAGCUCAACCGCCCGCCUCUGUUCUCCGCCGUCGAUUUCAUUCCGGUUGCCUCCUCCGGCGGCUUGAUCUGCUUCCACAGCAACACCGCCGCCGGAGACUUCAUCGUCACCAACCCCGUCACCGGCGCGUGCCACCAGCUGACGUCACUCCCGACCCCGCAUCCACCCAUUCUGGCGAUAGCAAUGACGUCAUCGAAAACCGGAACUUUCAAGGUGUUCGUAGUCUCCGGCGAGCUGCCGAACAUCACAUUCCGGCAGUACAACUCCGGCGCCGAUCAAUGGGAGGAGGAAAUCUCCCUCACAAGAAAGUCCGCCACCAAGAGCAGCAGCAGCCCCGUUGAAUCGGAAGCAAGCGACGACGACUGCACACAGUAUUUCCUGAGCAAAUGCGGCAACGUUGUCUCGCCGGAAAUCCAGAGGAGCCCGUCGAAGCAAUACUCAUCAGUCCUCACAAUCUCACGCGCCGCCGGAGACAAAAUUCUCCACUUCCUGAGCUCAUCCGGGACGGUGGUGGCCUGCAACCUCACGCGCCGCCAAUUCUCCGAGUACCCGAGGCUUCUCCCUGUUUUCUCCGAGUACUCGAUCGAUCUAGUCGAGUGCGGCGGGGAGAUGUACGUGGUUCUGCUCUGUGAUUUCCUCGAAAGUUGCAGUGUUCGAGUGUGGAGUUGGGAUGAGAAGAUCGAAUCUUGGCGGCAGGUGGCGGCGAUGCCGCCGCACAUGUCGCACAAGUUCUACAGCAAGAAGGCGGACAUAAACUGCAGCGGCGGCGGCGGUGGCGGGAAGAUGUUUGUGUGCGUGAGUUCCGGUGAAAUGUGUUGUUAUGUGAUGUGUGAUUUGGUCGGAAAUGAAUGGGUUGAAGUACCGCAGUUUUACGAAAAUGGCGGGGAAGCCAAAGAGUUUGCUUCUGCAUUGUCUUUUGAGCCUAGGAUUGAAGCUUCUGUCAAUUAGACAUUUCUUAUUUGUU